GCGUUGCCGAGCUCUCCAGUCCGCCGCCUCAGUGCUCCCUUCGUCAGCAUCCACCUAUCCCUCCCUCUAUCUCUCUCUCUCCCCAAGACCCCUGUGUCCACUGCACUGCACAGGAUCCUCCAUAAAUACUCUCGGCCCCCUCCCAAGAAGUCCCGCAGCCAAGCUAGCGCCCCAGCACCACACAUCCUGCCUCCCUGCUUCCGCCUCCAACUGCGACGCCAGCCGGCAGGUCGCAUACGGCUACGAGGGCGCGAAGCGGGUCGGCAGGUCUGGUGUGCAGGUUCUUUUUUCUAGAGGACCAAAAGCACACCAAGAGUGUGAGGGGGAUCAUGGCGGCGGGCAAGCAGGAGAAGAGCUACUUCGACGUGCUGGGCAUCUGCUGCCCGUCCGAGGUGCCGCUGGUGGAGAAGCUGCUCGAGCCGCUCGCCGGCGUGCACAAGGUCACCGUCGUCGUGCCGUCCCGGACGGUGAUCGUCGUGCACGACGCCGCCACCAUCUCCCAGUCCCAGAUAGUCAAGGCGCUGAACCAGGCAAGGCUAGAGGCGUCGGUGCGGGCAUACGGCGGCGCAGGCCAGAACAAGAUCAACAAAUGGCCGAGCCCCUACGUGCUCCUCUGCGGGGUCCUUCUGGUCGCCUCGCUCUUCCAGCACUUCUGGCACCCGCUGAGGUGGCUCGCGCUCGUCGCCACGGCCGCCGGCCUGCCGCCCAUCGUCCUCAGAAGCGUCGCCGCCGCGCGGAGGCUCACCCUCGACGUCAAUAUUCUCAUGCUCAUCGCAGUUGGUGGGGCAGUUGCACUCAAGGACUACUCCGAGGCCGGCUUCAUCGUCUUCCUCUUCACCACGGCGGAGUGGCUCGAGACAAGGGCGAGCUGCAAGGCCACUGCCGGGAUGUCGUCGCUGAUGAGCAUGGCACCACAGAACGCUGUGCUGGCAGAGACGGGGCAGGUGGUCGCAGCGCAGGACGUGAAGGUCAACACGGUGAUAGCCGUGAAGGCGGGGGAGGUCGUUCCGAUAGACGGCGUCGUCGUCGACGGGCGGAGCGAGGUCGACGAGCAGACCCUCACCGGAGAGUCCUUCCCGGUGGCCAAACAGACGGACUCGGAGGUCUGGGCCGGCACCCUCAACAUAGACGGCUACAUUUCGGUGAGGACAACAGCCAUGGCCGACAACUCGGCGGUGGCCAAGAUGGCGAGGCUGGUUGAGGAAGCACAGAACAGCAGAUCCGAGACGCAGAGGCUCAUCGACACCUGCGCUAAGUAUUACACUCCUGCGGUGAUCGUCAUGGCAGCGGCGGUGGCGGCGACGCCCGUGAUCGUGAGAGCACACAACCUGAGGCACUGGUUUCAGCUGGCCCUGGUCCUCCUGGUGAGCGCCUGCCCGUGCGCUCUGGUUCUCUCCACGCCGGUCGCCACCUUCUGCGCGCUGCUCAAGGCCGCGAGAACCGGGCUGCUCAUCAAGGGAGGGGAUGUGCUCGAGUCCUUGGCCGGGAUCAAAGUCGCGGCUUUCGACAAAACUGGCACGAUUAGCAGCGGAGAGUUCUCUGUGGCGGAGUUCCGGGCAAUCGGAGAACGUGUUCCGAGGCACCAACUUCUCAACUGGGUGUCGAGCGUGGAGAGCAGGUCGAGCCACCCAAUGGCAGCUGCCCUUGUUGAUUAUGCUCGAUCAAACUCCGUGGAACCAAACUCGGAGAAUGUCAUGGAAUUUCAGAUUUACCCUGGUGAGGGGAUUUACGGUGAAAUCGACGGACAAGGCGUGUACAUUGGGAACAGAAGAAUCUUGUCGAGGGCUUCAUGUGAAACAGUUCCAGAAGUAAAUGACAUCAAAGGGGUCACCGUUGGAUACGUGGCCUGCAACAAGGAGUUGGUCGGGCUAUUCGGUCUCUCGGACGUCUGUCGAACUGGAUCGGCCGAAGCCAUCAGGGAGCUGAGAUCAAUGGGCAUCAAGUCGGUGAUGCUCACAGGUGAUAGUGCUGCCGCUGCCACCUAUGCCCAGAACCAGCUGGGAAAUGUUCUAGCUGAGGUUCACUCUGAACUUUUGCCGGAGGACAAGGUGCGGAUCGUCGACGAGCUCAAGGCGAGGGACGGCUCCACGCUGAUGAUCGGCGACGGCAUGAACGACGCCCCGGCGCUGGCCAGGGCCGACGUCGGCGUCUCCAUGGGCGUGUCCGGCUCGGCCGUCGCCAUGGAGACGAGCCACGUCACGCUCAUGUCCAACGACGUCCGCAGGAUCCCCAAGGCCAUCCGGCUGGCGAGGAGGACGCGCCGGACCAUCGUCACCAACAUCGUCUUCUCGGUCGCCACGAAGCUCGCCAUCGUCGGGCUCGCGCUCGCCGGGCACCCGCUCGUCUGGGCGGCCGUGCUGGCGGACGUCGGCACGUGCUUGCUGGUGAUCAUGUACAGCAUGAUGUUGCUGAGGGGGGGAGACGGCGGGAGGGGCAAGAAAUGCUGCGCUUCUUCUCACCAUGGAUCUCACUCUCACCCCAAGAAGCAUGGCCAUUGCUCGGACGGUCCGUGCAAUUUGACUGGCGGCUGCGCGGAUUCAUCUGCUGGUGGCCAUGCUUGCGGCGAUGAUCAUCAUCACCACGGGCAUGGUGACGGCAAAGAGCCGGGCAUCCCGCAUCUCCCACACAAGCAUGGAUGUGAAGAUCAUCAUGGCCAUGGCCACAGCCACUGCAAAGAACCGAGCAAGCUGCACCCCACGGACAGCCAUCACUGUCGAGAUCAUGGCCAGGGCCACCACCACGGCAAAGAGGCGAGCAGCCAAUUGGUGACAAGCAAGAACAUUUCCCAUGGCCAUGGCCAGUGCAAAGAGAAGCACGAUGAGCACCACACCAACUCAGCCGAGGCAGUCCAAGAGCACUCCAUACUGAUCGACGCGUCAGCUGCUGACCAACAACAAAUCCAGUGCAGUCACCAGAGCGGAGAACACGAGGAGGAAAGCUGCGGGCAUCACGCCAAGGCGAAAGCCUGCGCCCCAGCUCCGGCCGACUGCUGCGACACGAUUUUGCUCAACCGCUUCAAGGGGAUCAUGGGCUGCCCUCUCACGCGCUCCUUAUCCCUUAACUGGGAGGUCCUGGGCUUACCGCGCUUGAAUCUGACCCACCUUGAGCGGCCGUUUUCUGAGGAAGAGUUGCGCGAUGCGGUGUUUGAGAUUCAUGGAGAAAAGGCACCGGGGCCGGAUGGCUUCACGGGCGCCUUUUACAAAAGAUGUUGGCCGGUUAUCAAGGGGGAUCUUCUUGCUGCCAUGAAUUGCGUGCACUCCCUUCGAGCCCCAAAUUGGAAUAUUAUAAAUACGGCCAACAUAGUUCUUCUGCCAAAGCGAGACGGGGCUCAGAAUGCAAGUGAUUACCACCCUAUAAGCUUGAUGCACAGUGUGCCCAAGAUUCUGAGUAAAAUGUUGGCUGCUCGGCUGGCCCCAGAGAUACACAGGCUUGUGUCUAACAACCAGAGUGCUUUCAUCAGGGGGAGAUUGAUCCAAGAUAAUUUUCUAUAUGUAAAGAAUGUGAUCAAGGCUGCUCACUCUAGGAAAUCUCCUCUGGUGUUUUUGAAACUUGAUGUGGCCAAAGCUUUCGAUUCAGUUUGUUGGGGAUACUUGCUGGAGGUUUUGGAGGCAAUGGGCUUUGGUCAGCGUUGGCGGGACAUGAUCUCAACCAUUCUUGCCUCCUCUUCCUCUCGGGUUAUGCUAAAUAGGUCUCCAGGAGUCCCUUUUAUUCAUCGACGGGGUCUGCGACAGGGCGAUUCGAUAUCCCCACUGUUGUUUAUUAUUGUGAUGGAGCCCUUGCAACGGGCCUUUGGGGAUGCGUCUGGGCUCCGCGCAAGCAGUGAGAAGACCGUGGCGUACCCUAUAUCUUGCACUGGUUAUGACAUUGCAAGUCUGUUGGCUGUUUUCGGAGGGGUUCAAGGUUGUUUCCCAUGCCAAUAUUUGGGCCUCCCUCUCGGUCUGAGAAAGCCUCGAAGGGCAGAGGUGCAGCCGGUUCUUGACAAAGUCGCGGGCAAGUUGGCUCCUAGAAAGGGGAGGUUGCUGAACAGGAUGGGGCGGCUAGUGUAUAGCAAUUCGGUGGUUACUGCCACGGCCACCUUCUUCCUAACGAGUUUUCAGCCUGACAAGUGGUUCAUCAAAAAGAUGGACAAGAUAAGGAGGAAUUUCCUUUUGGGUACAGAUGAUGAUUGUGACGCCCGGAUAAUUAAGCUACAGUAA